AGUUAAGCUCAAGAAGGACCCUUUGCUGUCCCAGAUCCUCGAUCUUCGAUCCUUGAUUCUUGUCAGGGCCAAUGAUUUCGAGGUUCAGCCGACCGCUCCAGGCUCUUCGAUCGGGCUCUGCGGGGAAGCAAAAGUCCACCAUUGCAGCCGUCCAUGCGGCCGUCGCGCCUUUCGAAGGGGCCAAGUGCGUGGCAGCAUCCUUGAUGAAUAUGGGCAAGCAAAUCCACGUGGCAUUUUCCGAUGGCUCUGCCUUCCAGCUCCAUGGGCUAUGGCUUCGUGAUGCAUGCCGAGAUGCCAUGGUGGUCUCUCAGCAGGCAGGUGAAAGAUACCUCGACAAGAUUGCAUUCUCCCCCGAAGGGCAUCAUAGCCGGGGUGAGGUCCAAGAAGCGCGGGUCUGCGAAGACGGUCUUGAAGUGACCUGGAAGAGGGAUCCACAAAUUGGAGAUGCCCCCAGCCACUUUUCCAGUGGCUUCCUUCGGAUGUAUGCGCCCAUCGCGGGGAAGGCGCUCGGGGGCCAACGGCAUCAUCCCCGGAACGAGGACUUCCGGUGGCUUCGAGGCUAUUCCGGAUUCUCGAAUGCACCGGCGCCUGAUGCGUCCAUGAAGGCACUGUGGAAGAACCAGGUCGGAGUCAAUCCGUUUGAGCAUCGCGACUACCAUGCGGUGAGACAUUCAGACUCUGCCAACUUGGAGAUGAUGCAGGCUGUGAUGGAGCAUGGCGUUGUGAUCCUGGACAAUGUCCCACAUUCUGAGGACUCCAGCAUUUUGCUCGACUUUGUGGACAAUUGUCUUGGCGGCAUGCAGAAGGACCCUGCCCGAGAUGAGCCUAAUUGGGUGAUCAAGAGAAAGGCCGGUGCUGUCAGUGUGAGCUAUGCUCAACAGACGCGCCUCAACAACCAUACAGAUCAAUCUGUCCCAGCCCAUGGCAUUCCCGCCUUGCUCCUCGUCAUCAACUACGUUGAAGGUUCUGGAGUGAACACGCUGGUGGAUGGAUAUGCAGUCGCUGAAGCAUUGAGAGAGAGAGAUCCAAAAGCUUUCGAUCUCUUGGCUAGUUAUGGGAACUGCCAAGAGCGAGACUUUGUGAAAUCUCGGGUGGAUUCCUCACAGAUGGGAACACAAUCCAUGCUUCUGGCCACUCGCAGCCCGAUCAUCCAAACAGAUGAACAAGGCAAUUUGAUCCGAGUGCAGUUCAACGAAGUCUUUCGAACUCCCAGCACUGUGCCCUAUGACACGUUCGAGUCUUGGUACGACGCAUACUUGCUUUGGAAUGAGAUGAUCCAUGACAAAGAGUUCGAAGUGGAGGUUCCCAUGUCUGCUGGGCAGAUGCUGGUCUUGGACAAUUGGAGGGUUCUACACGGCCGGGCUGGCAAGAAGAGCUCGCCGAACCGGAUGAUCAUGGGCGGGACCGUGGUGCGUGAGGCCUUCCACUCGAAGGCCGUUCAGCUCAUGGGUGGCUUCUACCCACCAGAAGAAGCUGCUUUCGGCCGCUUUCAGCAGGGAGAGGCUAGCGGCUAGCCUUUUUGAGCGGUAUAGACAUUCCAUGACUUGGGUGCAGCCAAAGAAAUGCCACCUGGGGAUUAUAGAUGAUCCA